AUGGCUGAGAGGUUUUCCAACCAUCCACAUUACCAUGAUAUUGCCCGUGGUCAGCGGGGAAAGCUAGGUGCCUCCGCAGUGGAGAGUCUCAUUUAUCAGUCCAUUACUACACCCAGCCUGGAAACGGUACAGGCUCUGAUAUUGAUCGGCUACUACUACGGCGGGGAAGGCAACACAAAAGCAAAGCACAUCUACAGUGGACUCGCUAGGCUGCACGCGGAGGCUUUGGGGAUGCCAGAUAUUCCAAAUGAUGCCACUAUCAUGCGUCAAGAGGAGUAUCGUCGCACUUGGCUCUCGGUCCAUAUUGCCAGUCAUUGGACAGCUACAGACAUGUCUAUCGAGUCUGUAUCAUUCACACAUGGGCCGGAAUAUACACCACUGGAAGUGGAUGAUGUGAUCUUUGCCAGCCUCGACCCAGAUCCGCCACAGACAACCUCACCAUGCAAUAUGUGGGCGCAUAUGGCAAAGACGCUCGAAAUUUUCAACAAAACCAGUACACUUCUUCGACGGCUAAGUCAAGGCCUGAUACCGUUCAGUGAUUACUGCAUGGAGGCGAUCAAGCUGGAAAACAGCCUGGAUGAGUGGGAACAAAACCUGCCCCCAAAUCUACAAUACAACAUGGAAAACAUUUUAUCCUCUGUCAAGAAUCGCCUUGGUCGAACGUUUUUAGCAAUGCAUAUUGGGCGUCAUCACUUCCGCCAAAUGCUCUUUUUCCCUUUCCUGGACGCACGCAGCAACCGGAAUAAUCCAAGCUUUCCACAGGGAGCAGCCCAAUGCAAGCAAAGUGCGAACACUGUCUCCGAAAUAAUAAAACAUAGCACGGACAUCGAAGGCUGCGAUUUGAAUUACUUCAUUUAUGGUCACAUUGCUGUGAUCAGUUCCUGUGUUCACCUGCACGCUUUGCUCUUCAGUGACAACGCCGAGGAACUUGCUAUCGCACGGCAACGACUCGUCUCGAACUUUGAGUACUUGAUGAGAAUCAAAUCAUAUUGGCCUGUGGUUGACCAUUCUGUGGCACGACUACGAAAGUUCCAGAAUUCCUGCCAGGAUGCGAUAUCAGAUCCAUUCGUGCUUGAUAAUUGGAUGUCCCGGUUCCUGACUGAGCAUUCUUCCGAUCUCUCUGAGCGCCAAAUGCCAGCAACGCAGCCUGAGACGAGCACAGAACAUAUCACUACACGUCAUACGAGCGCAGACAUCGACUCUACUGCGGACAAUCCAGAGAUUCCUGGCCCUUCUCAGACAAUCGAUCAUAUGGAACUUGGUUCUGGGGCUCAGAGUCUAUUUGACCUAUUACAUGAUGAACAAGUGACCAGCGAGGCUCUUGUUAAUCACGCCAUUGACUGGCUACUGGAGUAA